AUGGACGACAGGAAGGUCAAGCAGCCAGCCGGCGGGUACGAUGACACCAAAAUACCGCAUGCGCCGCCAGGUUACACCGUCAAAAUCACCUUCCACCGCGCGACAAACCUCCCAAUGGCCGAUAUCAACUCCCUCUCGUCAGAUCCCUUCGUCCUCGCCCAGAUAAAUACGAGCUUGGAGAGCCGACAUAAGGAAGAUCCACACCUACGCAUGCGCUCCAAAACGGUCCGCAAAUGUACCGACCCGGUCUGGGAGUGCGAGUGGAUCGUUGCAAAUAUACCAGCCUCUGGCUUCAAGCUGAAAGCGCGUAUAUACGACGAAGACCCUGCCGAUCACGACGACCGACUUGGCAAUGUGCAUGUUCUUGUAGGCCAAAUAAACGAGCAAUGGGCCGGAAUCAAGGAACAGUCAUACCCGAUCAAGAAGAGGAUGGGUAGUAAGAGGGCAUACUUCGUACGCGCAAUUGCGGCCUGUUUCAACAAGAAUACACACAUGACGGGACACUUGUACGUGAGUGUGCAGGUCCUGGGCCGGACAGAGGGCGAUGAAGGAGGCCGGGCAUAUACACUUGGGCCCUGCUGGUGGACAAAACAUUACUCUCCGCUACUUGGUCGUAUUACAGGUAAGAAAGAUGUGGGCGACGAGGAGAGCGAGAAGGCCAAGAGCAAAAACAAGGCACAGCAGUAUAACUUCCAAGCCAACCAAUUUCAACUCCGCGGUCCUGUCCCUGCUGAUCUCUACCAUCGCUAUGUUGAGUUUAAGCCCUUCGUAAAAUCGAUGUUCACCGGCAAAGGCAUUCGCGGCUUCCUCCUUUUCAAGGCAUUGCAUCAUCAACACGCCCGCGUCUACAACUUUGACCGCUCGACCGAGUACGACAUUUUCCAACAGCCUUGCAAAGAAAUGACCCUCAAAUUCCUCGACCUCGUCCAUUGGGAUGAAGGCGGUCGCAUCUUUACCUAUGUACUCACACUCGACUCGCUCUUCCGCUUCACAGAGACAGGCAAAGAAUUCGGCAUUGACAUGUUGUCCAAGCACACUAUGCACAGCGACGUGUCCAUCUACAUCGCCUUCAGUGGCGAGUUUUUCAUCCGUAGACUCAAGUAUCCCGACCGUGACCCGCCCGAGGAGGGCGGUGACAAUCCUUCAAGCCCGCCUGACGAAAUAUCGGGAGGUCCGUCCGAGGGUACUCUACACAAGGACCCGACCUACUUCGAGCUUGUCAUCGACAAUGACAGCGGCACAUACCGGCCGAACGCCAAACUCCUCCCGCAACUGAAAUCGUUCUUCGAAGCUCAGUUUCCUGGUUUGCAUAUCUCGACGCUCGAUUCACAGGGCGAUGCAGAAAAGAUGGCGGCGAUGAAGCAAGAGCAGCGAGAUAGGAAGAAGAAAGAGGGUGAUCACAUAGUCUACAAACAGCUGUCGCGGAAUAGCUCCAUGAGCAGUAGCGAUGAAGAGGAGCUGGAUCGUUUGGCGGCGCAGGGUGAGCCCGAAGACGGCACUGUCAUACAAAACGUGAAAAAGGAGAUUAAGUAUAAACAGGACAGGAAAAAAGACAGACUCAAGACGUAUAAGCCUGGUUUUAGCCGAGACGGAGUUAAGGGUGCUGGACAGGCCAUAGGGGAGAAGGUCGAGGGAAGCAGUUCGGGAGAUGUGGAGAGUGCGCCGAUUUCUGGGAAGGAGAACGAGAACAUUGGAGGUCCGGAGGGCGCAGCUGUUGAGGGGAGGUAG